AUAUAAACUGAGGCUUUUCUUUGGCACCAGUUUCUCCAUUAGGAUCCAUUUGUUUUACUGGUUUAUUUCCAUAACCCCUGUGUUUCCUCGCUGGACCAGAGGAGGUUAAUGGUGUCUGGGUCCCGGCUGGAAACUGGAUCCCAGUCUGGUCCCAUGGGAGCAUUAGGGGAUGGUUCUCAGUGCACAUCCCUCCCUCUCUUCACGCACGGUGCGCGCCGAGCAGCGGGCUGGAGGCAGCGCGGUCACUUCGCUGCUCACACGCCCGGGAGAACUCUCUCCUUCACGGGGGAAGAACUUUGAGGAACUAUCUGGAUUUAUUGCAUCUCAGAGAAAAGCCCGUUUCUCCCGGAAUGAAGCUGCACGGGUCCGGCUCCGGGAUUCCUCUGGAGCUCUGAGGGAUUAUUAUGGGACGUUAUGGGAAUAUUGGAGUGAUUGUGUCGGCUCCCUCUCCCCGGGGCGGAGGGAUCAUUCCCCCCCACUGAGCAGGAGGCUGAUCCGAGGGCGGAGAGGAGCUCGAUGCGUCUGACUGGAGACUCUGCACCGAGAACCAUGAGCAGCGGCGGGUCCGGCAACUUCCUGCUGGUUCCCAUCCCGGAGUACCCGCUGCUGGACUGCGUCCCCACCCGGACCGUGAAGAUCGUGGUGCUGGGGGCGAGCAACGUGGGCAAAACCGCUCUGAUCGUCAGGUUCCUCACCAAGAGGUUCAUCGGGGAUUAUGAGGCCAACACGGGGGCGCUCUACUCCAGAAAGGUCACCAUGGACGGGGAGGAGGUGUCGCUUCAGAUCCAGGACACUCCCUGCGUCGCCCUCCAGGACGAUCCAGAGGGUCUGUACUGUCAGGAGCAGAUCAACAGGUCGAUCUACUGGGCAGACGGCUACGUGCUGGUUUUCUCCAUCACCGACCACAACAGCUUCCGAACCAUCCAGCCUCUCUACCAGCACGUCCGCCGCAUCCACCCGUCUGGGAACAUCCCAGUGAUACUGGUCGGAAACAAGAGCGACUUGCUCCGAGCCCGACAGGUGCCAGCUGAUGAGGGAGAGACGCUAGCAUCCUCGCUAGGAGGAGUUUACUUCGAGGCCUCGGCCCGAGAGAACCACGAAGGAGUCCACGGCGCCUUCCUCCAUCUCUGCCAGGAGGUGAUCCGAGCUCUGGGAGGAGGAAACGGCGAGAAGAGGCGGGGGGGCCUCCACCUGGCUCGACCCAAAUCUCCCAACAUGCAGGAGCUGAAGAGGAGGUUCAGGCAGGUCCUCUCCUCCAAGGUCAAGUCGGCCACUACUCUCUGAUCUCAGCCGGACAAAAUGAUCUGAAGCAAGAUCCCGACAGAGACGGAGACAGAGACGGUCACAGCUUCAUCGGAAGAUCAGAGUCGUUCAUUUUACUCUGAAGGAGAAUAACGAGAUGUGCUAACGGCAGGAAGACACUCAGAUGAACUUCAAGAGAGAACAAGAUGUCGUCUGCUCAGAUGAAUAAAGACAAACACUGAAUCUUUCAGGCAGCUGAGCUCGUCUGAUGAUCAGAGCGCACGUCACAGACUGUGAAUCCAACAUGGCGUGUUUUUAACAUGAUGGAUAUCGAGCUUCUCUGUAAACACGUGAGGAGCCAGAUCCUCCGAACACCAACGUCAUCAUGUCUCAGUUUCCUUCAGCGGCUGAAAAGUGAAUUGAAUCCAUCAAAUCAAUAAAGAUUCACUGAAUUCAACCAAUCAGUUUUCAGGGAAAUGGCAGAUGUUGCUAAAGACUUUAUUUCAGACUCAUUUUUUCAUUUAUAUUUUUAUGUUUUCUUUUUUAAUUUGGAUUCUUUUAGGGGUUUGCUUUAUAGAAAUAAAUCACACUUAAGAUAAAUGGAUGCCUCAUCUGAAACUUGACUGAAUUAGAUUCAAUAAAAAACCAAUUUCACUUUACACGAUUAUUCUCAAAUAAAAGAUUUGAUUACAA